GAUGCUUGUGAAGAUCCAAACACGUGAUCUGGUCUCAACAGCACAUACCCAAAUAAUUGACUGUAGUAUUUUCAAUUGAAUUUGCUUUCUGUAGGCUCAUUAGAUUUUACCUCUCUGUUAAUCAAGUACGUACUUGCUGAUUUUUUUGUAUGUUACUUUGAUGCAGAGUUGUUUGAUGCGGUUGCAUUCUAUUGAUAUCACUCCCGAACUCGAUGAGGCUCUGCUGAGAUUUAAGCUGCAUUUCAUGAAAUUCGGAGAAAUUCCCCAAACACCAUAGGAUGGAGAUGCAGGCAGGUCAUGAGACAUUACGAAAAGGCAUUUCAAAGUUCUUUGCUGUUGCCACUUAUAAUUUGCUCCGAGUUGUUAGUAUCUGGAAAGAUUCAGGUUAUUUGUCUCGACAUCAGCUCAGACAAAAGACUUGACAAAGAGGAGCAGACAUACACAAAUGAGCAAUUUGAAAAUGUAGGAAGCCUAAGGUUCCUUACAGUGAGAAAUGCGAGUAUUAUUGGAGAUUCUCCGAAGCUAUUGCCUGAAUUAAAUUGGCUUGAGUGGAAGGGAUGUCCUACAUCUUUUGUGGCGACCUAUUUCGCAUUUAGAGAUAGUACUUGUGCUGGAGUUGAAAUUGAGCCCAAUCAGAGAUCAUGGGAAGCAUGGAGUUCAAUCAUGCUUUCAAACGUUUGGAGAUUCUCAUCCUUGAGGAUUGUAUCGGACCAGAGCGGAUUCACCAUUCUAUCGGCGACGUUAAGAGCCUCAUUUCCUUGUACUUGAGGAAUUGCAAGAGACUUCGGGAGUUAAAUCUCCUCUUCUCAGAAGAAAUGACGAAGAGUUGGGCCAUGGAGGAUGAAUUCUAAUUCAAAACUUGAUGGAUUUGUAGGUUUGGACCAUUUUGUGUGGAGUGAUUCAACUCUGGCGAUGAACCCAUUAAUGUACUAACGGUCAUGGCUGUGACUGGUCCUUGAGUCAUUUUUCUCUUAUGGUCUUC